AUGGAGGAAGAGAAGAAGACCGACACCGUCGUCUACGACCCGUCCAACCACAGCCCAUCCGAGGGCGAGUCGUGGACUCAAGAUGAAGAAAAGGCCGUCGUCAGAAAACUCGACUGGUAUCUCAUGCCCCUCCUCGUCGUCGGCUUCUACGUCCUCCAACUCGAUCGGACCAACAUCAGCAACGCCCUCACCGACACCCUGACGCAAGACCUCGGCAUCACCAACAACCAAGUCAAUAUUGGCAACCAGCUGAUGCUGGCCGGUAUUGUGAUUGCGGAAAUCCCCUCCAACCUGAUUCUGCAGAGAGUCGGCGCCCCGGUCUGGCUCACGCUACAGGUCGCCAUCUGGGGCACGAUCGCUCUAAUGCAAGCUUGGUGCAUAAACGUUCAAUCCUUCUAUGCAACAAGAACGCUCCUGGGACUGUUUGAGGGAGGAUUCAUCCCCGGAGUUCAGUACAUGCUGGCUUUGUUCUACAAGAGAGACGAGCUGGCGCUGAGAACAUCAAUAUUCUACUUUGGCAACUAUUCGGCCGCCGCGACUGGUUCCUUGAUCGCCGCAGGAAUCCUGCAAAUGGGCGGCAAGGGAGGGCUCGCCGGAUGGCAGUGGCUCUUUGUCAUCGAGGGCACAUUUACCCUCCUCAUCUUCUUCGGCUACGUCCUCCUCCUCCCCCGCAGCCCAAAGCACACGCGCCCGAUCCAUGGCCGCUUCGACCUCUUCACCGAUCGCGAGCGCACCAUCCUUAGCACCCGCAUCAUUCUCGGCGACGAGUCCAAGGGCGCGGACAAGGCCGAAAUCACCCUGAAGAGUCUCCGCGAAGCCUUCGUCGACCUGCGCCUGUGGCUGCACAUGUUCCUCAACAUCCUCAGUCUCACCCCCAAGGGCGGCCUCGCCAUCUACGGGCCCACGAUCAUCAAGAACCUCGGCUUUUCCAAGACCAACGCCAACCUGCUCAACGCCGUCGGCAACGUGCUCGUCAUCAUUCUGUCCUACACGCUGUCCGUCGCGUCAGACAAGACACGGCUGCGUGGGCCUUGGUGCAUCAUGGCUUUCGUCUGGUCCAUUGCCUUCUCCGGCGCGCUGUGCGGGCUGCCUGUCGGGGCGAACAGGUGGGUGCAGUAUGCGCUCUUCACGCUGCUCACUGGGGGCAACGCCCUUUCGCAGGCGAUCAACGAUGCUUGGCUGAACAUCAACUCAACCAAGCCCAGCAAUCGCAGCGUUGGACUGGCGAUGGCGGUGAUGGGGAGCAAUCUCGGUGGCCUCGCCGGGCAGCAGCUUUUCCAAGAGUCCGACGCUCCGAGGUAUCCCAAGGCUUUUCUCGCGAUUCUUUUGCUGUACGGCGCUUCGAUCCCCAACACUUUGGCGUUGAUGUACACAUACUGGAGGGCCAACCGCAAGAUCCAGACCAGCUCAGAUGAGAACAAUGGCGUUGUAGGCGAGAAGCGCUUUGAUCUAUGA